AUUGUAUCAGUUUCCGGUUUGUACAUCCUUUUGAGAGCCGUCAUAAUUAUACUUCCCCGUUAUCCGUGCACAUGUAGUUGGUGUGCUGUAAACUUUAAUCCUAUACAUAGAUUUUCCAUCGGCAUUGUUACUUUUAUCGCAUGAUCCUAAUGAAAAUCAAAGAGGUCAAUGCGUUAAUGGAUAAGUACUGAUCUAUUUACAACACACAUGGUGCACUAGUUUUGCCAGACUCAAAGAAUCCAUCGCUCAGGUCAUGAUUCUAUUGUUAUAAACAAUACCUCCUGUCUCGAUACCUGUCUCUGACAUGGUCACACCUGUGUUUACCUGUCUCUCUGAAUACACCUACAUGAUUAUAUACGCUGUAUACCCAGCCUCGCUGCUCCUCGGUCUGGUGUGCCAAUGGUGCUGAGCGUUGUUACGGAGAAAUCGAUAACUACACGGGAUCAAUCAGUUGGUAGAACAUAUAUCGUUGAUGGUCAUUCUCAGCGAUCGACCCGACAACCGGGUAUUCUCACGUGAACUCUUUCCAACCUCACACGAGCGACCUCCCGAGUCAAGCCUGUUCCGUAUCACCACGCUCUUACAUCACAACGCAAGGGGAUUCCGAGAUUUUAGCAGGAUGUGGCAACAUUAACUUCGACGAGGGGACAUGAAUCUAAGAAAGAACCGUGUCAAUGAACAAAAAACGAUGCUUGUUGUAUGUGAGGAACUCUUCGAUAGGUCAACCAAAAAAAUGCCAACAAAUGUUAAAUAUUUCGCAUGCGUUGUGGCAAGCUUCUUCGCAACGGUAGCAGCGCUCUUCACUCUGCUGUCGGUGAGUCAAGGGAUGGGACCGAAUCACUUUAAACCUAUUCGUAUUAUAAAUGUCAUUCUACAAAGCAACCAAGCGUCGUCUGAUGAAUACCUUCCAGUGAAUUCAUUUAGAGAUCCACCACCCGUGUCUCCAGACUUUACCGCAAAGAAUGCAUCAUCACCGACAUCUUUGUCAGCAUCAUCCUCAUCAUCCUCAUCAUCAUCAUCAUCGAAAGCAGUAUCAACUUCAUCUAAAAAAGAAUCAACAAUAUCUUCUUCAUCCACGAGGACAACGACUUCUUCCUCUUCCCGUCCUCCUGUGUCAUCGCUUCCUAAAUCCUCUUCUGCUAAUCCUAACCAGAAAUCUUCUUCAAAGGCCGGUACAACGGCUGCGCCGCUGAAGUCGACAACGACCUCUUUGUCCACAUCCAAAAGGGCUUCAACUUCCCCAACCCUUGCUUCCAAACUGCCUUCCACCAUAAAGAAAUCAGCGACAACAGCUGUAACAACCACGCCACCAUCUACACACUUGUCGAUUGCAUCACCUUCAACAACAAGGUCGCCGUCCGCCUCCUACAUCUGUCCGACUUUUACGGGAAGAUUGGGGAACAAUUUAUUUCAGUUUGCGUCGGGAUACGGCAUAGCAGCAUCUAAAAACGUCAAGUUUGUGAUAGGAGAAGGUGAUAAUAUAAAUAAAAUAUUUAAAUUGAAAACAGACAACCAUCUAAUCGUUAGCAAAACCCGACGCGAGUGUGCGGCAGCGAAGUUCCGAGGAGAGGGCCGGGCAAGCGGAUUUGACCCAAACGUUUUGAAAUUCAAAGCAGACACUACGUACCGAGUAGGGAACUUUCUACAGUCGUGGAAAUAUUUUCACGACGUAUCUAGUGAUAUUCGAGGGCAACUCAAGUUUAGAGACCAUAUUCAGACAAAAGCUGAUAGUACUAUCAAUGGCUUCUUAAAAAAGUAUAACACAACACGUGAGAAUGUGACUGUAAUAGGUAUUCACGUACGGCGGGGGGAUAUGGUCAACCAUGGAUUUGGUUAUCAAGUUGCAACUAAGGAAUACUUUGAAAAAGCGGUAGCACUAUUUAAUAAUUAUUCUAGUCCGUUAUUUGUUGUAUGUACAAAUGACUUGGCGUGGUCUAAGGCAAACAUCCCGAAGAGCAACAAAGUUGAAUUCGUGUCGGGUAACUCACCAGAAGUAGAUAUGGCUGUGAUGGCGUCAUGUGAUCACGUGAUUACGUCGGUGGGUUCCUACGGUUGGUGGGCAGGCUGGCUAAGUAACGGGACUGUGACGUAUUACAAAUGGCCGGCGAGGGAGGGAUCCGGUCUGCGCAGCGCCUACAGUGCAGAUUACAUGGACUAUUUCUACCCACACUGGAUAGGAUUGUAGAUACUUGAUUACUCGCUCAAAGUCAGAUUUUAUCGAAUUCCGCUGUAUUGUAUAUUUAUAUACAUGUAUAUGGUUAUUGUUCAUUGCAUAAUAUAUCUCUAAAUUCGGUGAAUACAAUUAUUUACCGAGGAAAAGUAUGUGUUCCUCUCUGUAUCUGUAGUGUGGGUCUAUCUGAAUGAAUUACAUUGUCAAACAUUUGAUAACCAGCAUUAUUUAUGUACGAAUUCCACGUCAAUAUAAUUUAAAAUAUAUUGCAGCCAUGUGUAAGAAACGCAACUGUUAGCUCAAAGCAUCGAGAAAGGAAAUAACAGCAUUAUGAACAACUCUAUUACCACGCAUAUCUUUGCGUAUUGUUAUGAAUGCCGUGAGAGAUUCAUGUGAGUGCUUGAUGUGUGUAUGAAAGCUUAUUUAUUAGUUUUGAAAUAUCUGUUCGUUUUCGAAGAGUUGUUUGAGAUUAUGUGACACUCAGUUGAUGUAUUUUGCCGUAUACUCGUUCAUGAAUCUCCUUUAUGUUACUUUAGAUGUUUGUCCUACUUGUUAUAACGUGAAUUCCGGUUGAUAUUGUACAUUCCAAUAUGUCGUGCAUUUCAUGGGUUACAUGGAAUGAGUCUUGUAACAAUUGCUCAAGUUUGUUUCGAGCUUAUGUUUGUUUCAAACAAUAAAAUAUAGAUUUAUAUAUACAAAA